AAAAUAAAAAAGCUAGCCGAUGAAACGCAUUAUAUAAACCAUGUAUUAUUCUUCGUUUUCCUACCAAGUGUUUGUUCGCUAGCUGAAUGCAGUGAGAUAGUAGAUAUGGAGCUCUUCACUCUCCAACUGCUAGUUCUUCUCUUCCUUCUCCCCUUCUUCCUCUACAUCUUCUUCCGUCAAGACCAACCACGAAAACCCACCGCCUACGGCCUAAAACCCUACCCAAUUCUCGGCUACCUCCCGCAGUUCAUCAAGAACCGCCACCGGUUCCUCGAAUGGACGACCGAAAUCCUCCUCGCAAGCCCGACGCGCACGAUGGUCUUCCGAAGCCUCGGGCAGGCCAGCGGCGUCAUCACCGCCAACCCCGCAAAUGUGGAGCACAUGCUGAAAAUCAACUUCAAAAACUACCCGAAGGGCGAGCGCUCGCUCGCCUUGUUCGAAGACUUUUUUGGCCGUGGAAUCUUUAACUCUGAUGGGGAGCAUUGGAAGCAGCAGAGAAAAGUGGCGAGCCACGAAUUCAAUACGAAAUCCCUCCGUAACUUCGUGGUGGAUGCAGUGCAAUUUGAGAUACAGCACAGAUUGUUGCCGUUGUUGAACAAAGCGGAAGAAAGAGAAGAGAUCGUCGAGAUGCAGGACGUUCUCGAACGUUUUGGUUUCGAUAACAUCUGCAAGGUGGCCUUCGAUGCUGAUCCCGCUUCCCUCACUGAAGAAGGCUUUGCUGGCACGAGCUCUGACUUCAUGCGGGCUUUCGGAGAAACGCAGUACCUCAUCGGAUGGCGGCUCUUGGAUGCACUGAAUGUGACAUGGAGGAUCAAGAAGCUACUCAAUAUCGGAUCGGAGCAGCGCAUAAAAGAAGGGAUCUCGAUCGUCCACAACUAUGCUCUUGACAUUAUUCGGUCACGAAAGGAGAGGCCUUUGGAUCGGAAGAGCGAUCUCCUGUCCCGAUUUGCAUCGUAUGAAGACCACUCAGAAGAGCUCCUUCGCGAUAACGUGAUAAAUUUCCUUGUUGCUGGCCGCGAGACUACUUCGUCGGCACUGACAUGGUUCUUCUGGAUUGUAUCUACGAGACCCGAUGUUGAAAAAAAGAUUGUAGAAGAGAUUAGAACAGUCCGAGAAAUGAAUUCGAAUUCGAGCGAGAUGUUCAGCUUUGACGAGCUACGAGAGAUGCACUACUUGCAUGCUGCGAUAUCGGAGACGAUGAGAUUAUACCCUCCUGUGCCUAUUGAUAGGCAAUCAUGCAAAAAGGACGAUACGCUGCCGGACGGAACGUUCGUGGGGAAAGGAUGGUUUGUAACAUACAAUGCUUAUGCUAUGGGAAGAUCGAAGGAAAUAUGGGGGGAGAAUUGCGAAGAGUACAAGCCGGAGAGGUGGUUGGAAAAUGGGGUUUUCCGGCCAGAGAACCCGUUCCGUUACCCGGUGUUUCAUGCCGGACCGAGAAUGUGCUUGGGGAAGGAGAUGGCUUAUAUACAGAUGAAGUCCAUUGCGGCUUGUUUGCUUGAAAGGUUUCAGCUUAGUGUUGUGGGAAAGAAGAGCGCUCCUGAGCAUGAAUUCUCACUGUCGCUCAAAAUGAAAGGAGGCUUACCAACUCAGAUUGGAAAGAGAGAGGAAAAAUAUUAAUUAGGAUCUGCGUACUAAUCAAUUAAGGUUGUGAUGUCUAUGUUGUUUAUGUAAGGUACGGAGUACUGUUUAUUUCCAUAAAGUGCUAAGGUUUCAAGAAUUGCAGUUUUGUAACUCUUGUUUGUUCUAAAUUUUUGAGUUUUUAUUUCACUAGAAUAAUGUAAUACUUAGAUAAGGCUUAGUAACGGUGUGUUAUUUGAGAAUAAAUAAUAGAUUAAUUGCAUGUC